GACGAUGUUCAUUCCGAUUACCGGCGCACAAGAAUAAAGUAUUUGCAAUAAAAAGAUAAGAAUUGUUUAAGAUAUUCCUGAAAAUAAUGCAACAAAAGUUACUGGAAGAUGACGAUGUUGAAUAUGCGUCGUACAGGCAACGAAACAAUACUACCGCAUUGCUUAUGUUGCUACUGACUACUUCGUGUUUGCUGUUGUUCUGGACAGCAUGCAGAGGGCAAAAGGAGGUGCUGUUAAGAACCGAAGCUAUGCGCGAUGACAACAUAUAUAACUGCGAUCUUCAGCUUGUUGAAUCUAUACCAAUUGGCUUAAAUUAUUCAGCAAAGAGUCCUAAAUUUUUAAGUACUUUUGAUGCCUGGAAAUUGCUGCUGGAUAAAGCCAAUAAAUCACUUGAUCUUGGAUCUUUUUACUGGUCACUUCGCGGCGAAGAUGUUAAUUGUAACGACAGCAGUGCUGCGCUAGGAGAAGAAAUAUUUAGCCGCCUGCUUCAAAAUGCUAAUAACCAGGAUAACAUUAAUAUACGUAUAGCACAAAGUGAACCAUCUGACAUCUCACCCAAUUUGGAUACAAAACUGCUCGCUAACUAUGGUGCAGCAAAAGUGGUUUCUAUAAAUUUUCCCAAAUACUUUGGCGGUGGUGUCCUGCACACAAAACUCUGGAUUGUAGAUAAUCAGCAUUUUUAUUUAGGCAGCGCCAACAUGGAUUGGCGUUCUCUCACGCAAGUUAAGGAGCUUGGCGUGCUCGCACAGAAUUGUCCGCAGUUGGCCAGUGAUGUUGCAAAGAUCUUCAAGGCAUACUGGUAUUUGGGCAGUGACACCAAUGCACCCAUACCACAUAAAUGGCCCUAUGAGUAUUCUACGAACUACAAUGAUCAACAACCUAUGCACCUUAAUCUGAAUAUGGCCUAUGCCAUGAAUGGGUACAUUUCGAAUUCACCUCCACCAUUGACAGCAGACGGACGUACGCACGAUUUGGAUGCUAUAAUAAAAACAAUCGAGAAUGCAAUGGAUUUCGUCUAUAUAGCCGUUAUGGACUACUUUCCACUAAUCAUUUAUGGCCCCAAACAACGUUUUUGGCCUUAUAUUGACAAUGCUUUACGCGAGGCAGCUGUUGAGCGUGGUGUAGCAAUCAAGAUGCUUAUUUCCUGGUGGAAACACUCCGAUCCAAGUGAAGAUAAUUUUUUACGCUCGUUGCAGGAUCUAUCAAUGGAAAGAAAACAUGUUGAUAUACAAGUACGUCGUUUUAUUGUACCGAUGGACCCUGACCAAGCGCGAAUUCCCUUUGGGCGAGUAAAUCAUAACAAGUAUAUGGUGACGGAUAGAAUCGCCUACAUUGGCACCUCCAACUGGUCGGGCGAUUAUUUCACAGACACUGCUGGAAUAGCAUUAGUAUUGAAGGAUACGUUGGCUAGUGCAAAAAACUCGCUGCGACAGGAAUUGCAAAACAUUUUCGAACGUGACUGGAAUAGUCCCUAUGCUCAUAAAUUUUCCUAAAUCAAAAUUUGAAAAAUAUACUGUAGUCCAUUAUAAAUAAUAUGAAUUGCUUAAUAAUAGUUAU